AUGAAACUGGAGAAUGACAAGGGGACCAACAUGGCAGCUGCUGACGUGACCUCUCAUCAUGGAAAGGAACACCGUCUCUCAGAGAGGAUUGUGCUGCUGGGGGGGAGACUGAGUGGGAAGAGUUCAGCAGGAAACACCAUCCUGGGCAGAGAGGAGUUUGAGUCUGAAAUAAGAACUGCACAGUGUGUGAAGAGACAGGGUGAAGUAGCUGGGAGACAAGUCACUGUGGUCGACACACCAGGCUGGUCGACUUAUUCUGUGAAGGACACUGCAGAGCUGGAUGAACAAGAGAUUGUGCACAGUGUGUCUCUGUGCCACCCUGGACCCUAUGCUCUCUUCCUGGUCAUUGAUGUGAGCUUAGCAUUCAGUGAUACCGAGAGGAGAUCAGCGGUGGAACACCUGGAGCUUCUCAGUGAGAGAGUCUGGAGACACACUAUAGUGCUGUUCACCAGUGGAGACUGGCUGGGAGACACAACCAUUGAGCAGCACAUUGAGACUGAAGGGAGGGUCAUCCAAGAGCUCAUAGAGAAAUGUGGGAACAGGUAUCAUGUUCUCAACAAUAAGAACAGGACUGAUGGGACUCAGGUCACAGAGCUGCUGGAGAAGAUAGAGGAGAUGGUGGCCAGGAACAUGUUAUUCGGACAGAAAGGCGAUGAGCAAAAUGCCUUUGAGGAGGAGUGGAGGAGAAGAGUGGCAGAGCUGAUAGAGCAGAUAUUGAAGGUUUGUCACUUCCUGUGGAACGUUGGUGGACGUGAGGGGCGCGACAGGGCCCCGCCAUCCAGUGGCCCCCAAGCAUCGGGCCCCCCGCGCACACCCCGGCCGGGUCCCGGGGCCCCCGCCCCCAGGCGGCCACAGGCAGGCAGGCAGGCAGACGGAAACGCAACCCCCCGGGGCGUGGGGCCCAGGGGCGGGCCGGGGCAGCCGGGCCCCCAGGGCCCAGCCCACCCCAACCACAACAACCCGUGCCGGCCCCCGGGGGGCCCCCCCCACACGCGCCGCGGCAGCGCCCACCCGAGCCCCGGCGCCCACCGCGGCGCCCGGACGGCGAACCCCCAGGCCCCGCAGAGACGGGCGGGGCGGGGAGUGGGGGGGCGAGGGGGGGGGGGCCCGGGGAGCGCGGGGACGCCCACAGCCGGCACCCACCAGCCCCCCCCACCGGCCCCCACCGCUCCUCCCCCAGUGUGGGCGCUAGGAGAGGUAGACCGUCUCUCAGAGCUGAGGAUUGUGCUGCUGGGAGGGAGAUGGAGUGGGAAGAGUUCAGCAGGAAACACCAUCCUGGGCAGAGAGGAGUUUAAGUCUGGAAUAAGAACUGCACAGUGUGUGAAGAGACAGGGUGAAGUAGCUGGGAGACAGGUCACUGUGGUCGACACACCAGGCUGGUCGACUUAUUCUGUGAAGGACACUGCAGAGCUGGAUAAACAGGAGAUUGUGCGCAGUGUGUCUCUGUGUCCCCCAGGACCCUGUGCUCUCUUCCUGGUCAUUAAUGUGAGCUCAGCAUUCAGAGAGAAACACAGGAUAUCAGUGGUGGAACACCUGGAGCUUCUCAGUGAGAGAGUCUGGAGACACACUAUAGUGCUGUUCACCUGGGGAGACUGGCUGGGAAACAAAACCAUUGAACAGCACAUUGAGACUGAAGGGAGGGUCCUCCAAGAGCUCAUAGAGAAAUGUGGGAACAGGUAUCAUGUUCUCAACAAUGAGAACAGGGCUGAUGGGACUCAGGUCACAGAGCUGCUGGAGAAGAUAGAGGAGAUGAUGGCAGAGAAUGGAGGCUCUUACUAUGAAAUGGAUAGAAUUCUUUUACAGGAGGUGGAAGAGAAGAGGAGGGCAGUGGAAGAUGCAGUGAAACAGUGGAUGAUGAAGGUUCAGAAAAAGAGAAAGACCCUCCGAGCACUUUUUCAGGGAAAGGAACACCGUCUCUCAGAGCUGAGGAUUGUGCUGCUGGGGGGGAGAUGGAGUGGGAAGAGUUCAGCAGGAAACACCAUCCUGGGCAGAGAGGAGUUUGAGUCUGGAAUAAGAACUGUACAGUGUGUGGAGAGACAGGGUGAAGUAGCUGGGAGACAGGUCACUGUGGUCGACACACCAGGCUGGUGGCAUUAUGAUGUGAAGGACACUGCAGAGCUGGAUAAACAGGAGAUUGUGCGCAGUGUGUCUCUGUGUCCCCCGGGACCCUGUGCUCUCUUCCUGGUCAUUAAUGUGAGCUCAGCAUUCAGAGAUACAGAGAGGAGAUCAGUGGUGGAACACCUGGAGCUUCUCAGUGAGAGAGUCUGGAGACACACUUUAGUGCUGUUCACCAGGGGAGACUGGCUGGGAGACACAACCAUUGAGCAGCACAUUGAGACUGAAGGGAGGGUCCUCCAAGAGCUCACAGAGAAAUGUGGGAACAGGUAUCAUGUUCUCAACAAUGAGAACAGGGCUGAUGGGACUCAGGUCACAGAGCUGCUGGAGAAGAUAGAGGAGAUGAUGGCAGAGCAUGGAGGCUCUCACUAUGAAAUAGAUAGAAUGCUCUUACAGGAGGUGGAAGAGAAGAGGAGGGCAGUGGAAGAACGAAUGAAACUGAGGACGAUGAAGCUUCAGAAACAGAGAAAGACCCUCAGAGCACUUUUUAAGGAGGAACACCAUCUCUCAGAGCUGAGGAUUGUGCUGCUGGGGGGGCGAUGGAGUGGGAAGAGUUCAGCAGGAAACACCAUCCUGGGCAGAGAGGAGUUUGAGUCUGGAGUAAGAACUGCACACUGUGUGGAGAGACAGGGUGAAGUAGCUGGGAGACAGGUCACUGUGGUCGACACACCAGGCUGGUGGAUUGAUAAUUCUGUGAAGGACACUGCAGAGCUGGAUAAACAGGAGAUUUUGCGCAGUGUGUCUCUGUGUCCCCCGGGACCCUGUGCUCUCUUCCUGGUCAUUGAUGUGAGCUCAGCAUUCAGAGAGGAACACAGGAGAUCAGUGGUGGAACACCUGGAGCUUCUCAGUGAGGGAGUCUGGAGACACACUUUAGUGCUGUUCACCAGUGGAGACUGGCUGAGAGACACAAUCAUUGAGCAGCACAUUGAGACUGAAGGGAGGGUCCUCCAAGAGCUCAUAGAGAAAUGUGGGAACAGGUAUCAUGUUCUCAACAAUAAGAACAGGGCUGAUGGGACUCAGGUCACAGAGCUGCUGGAGAAGAUAGAGGAGAUGGUAGCCAGGAACAGAGGUCUUUCCUUUAUUGGGAAGAGUGACGAGAAAGAAAAUUAUAUGAGAAAGGAAAUUAAUGAACAGAAGAGCUUUGAGGAGGAAUGGAGCAGAAGAGAGGAGGAGCUGUUUGUGAGACUGUCUCAGAUUGUGAAGUCUUCCCUGGAACACCAUCUCUCAGAGCUGAGGAUUGUGCUGCUGGGGGGGAGACAGAGUGGGAAGAGUUCAGCAGGAAACACCAUCCUGGGCAGAGAGGAGUUUGAGUCUGGAAUAAGAACUGCACAGUGUGUGAAGAGACAGGGUGAAGUAGCUGGGAGACAGGUCACUGUGGUCGACACACCAGGCUGGUGGACUCAUUCUGUGAAGGACACUGCAGAGCUGGAUGAACAGGAGAUUGUGUGCAGUGUGUCUCUGUGUCCCCCGGGACCCUGUGCUCUCUUCCUGGUCAUUAAAGUGAGCUCAGCAUUCACAGAGGAACGCCGGAGAUCAGCAGUGGAACACCUGGAGCUUCUCAGUGAGAGAGUCUGGAGAAACACUAUAGUGCUGUUCACCAGUGGAGACUUGCUGGGAGACAAAACUAUUGAACAGCACAUCGAGACUGAAGGGAGGGCCCUCCAAGAGCUCAUAGAGAAAUGUGGGAACAGGUAUCAUGUUCUCAACAAUGAGAACAGGGCUGAUGGGACUCAGGUCACGGAGCUGCUGGAGAAGAUAGAGGAGAUGAUGGCAGGGCAUGGAGGCUCUCACUAUGAAAUAGACAGAAUGCUCUUACAGGAGGUGGAAGAGAAGAGGAGGGCAGUGGAAAAUGGAGUGAAACAGAGGAUGAUGAAGGUUCAGAAACAGAGACAGACUCACCAAGCACUUUUUCAUGGAGAGGAACACCGUCCCUCAGAGCUGAGGAUUGUGCUGCUGGGGGGGAGACGGAGUGGGAAGAGUUCAGCAGGAAACACCAUCCUGGGCAGAGAGGAGUUUGAGUCUGGAAUGAGAACUGCACAGUGUGUGAAGAGUCAGGGUGAAGUAGCUGGGAGACAGGUCACUGUGGUUGACACACCAGGCUGGUGGAGGGAUUAUUCUGUGAAGGACACUGCAGAGCUGCAUAAACAGGAGAUUGUGCGCAGUGUGUCUCUGUGUCCCCCGGGACCCUGUGCUCUCUUCCUGGUCAUUGAUGUGAGCUCAAAAUUCAGAGAGAAAGACAGGAGUUCAGUGGUUGAACACCUGGAGCUUCUCAGUGAGGGAGUCUGGAGACACACUAUAGUGCUGUUCACCAGUGGAGACUGGCUGGGAGACACAACCAUUGAGCUGCACAUUGAGACUGAAGGGAGGGCCCUCCAAGAGCUCAUAGAGAAAUGUGGGAACAGGUAUCAUGUUCUCAACAAUAAGAACAGGGCUGAUGGGACUCAGGUCACGGAGCUGCUGGAGAAGAUAGAGGAGAUGAUGGCAGGGCAUGGAGGCUCUCACUAUGAAAUAGACAGAAUGCUCUUACAGGAGGUGGAAGAGAAGAGGAGGGCAGUGGAAAAUGGAGUGAAACAGAGGAUGAUGAAGGUUCAGAAACAGAGACAGACUCACCAAGCACUUUUUCAUGAGCUGAGGAUUGUGCUGCUGGGGGGGAGACAGAGUGGGAAGAGUUCAGCAGGAAACACCAUCCUGGGCAGAGAGGAGUUUGAGUCUGGAAUGAGAACUGCACAGUGUAUGAAGAGACAGGGUGAAGUAGCUGGGAGACAGGUCACUGUGGUUGACACACCAGGCUGGUGGAGGGAUUAUUCUGUGAAGGACACUGCACAGCUGCAUAAACAGGAGAUUGUGCGCAGUGUGUCUCUGUGUCCCCCGGGACCCUCUGCUCUCUUCCUGGUUAUUGAUGUGGGCUCAGCAUUCAGAGAUACACAGAGGAGAUCAGCAGUGGAACACCUGGAGCUUCUCAGUGAGAGAGUCUGGAGACACACUAUAGUGCUGUUCACCAGUGGAGACUUGCUGGGAGACACACCAAUUGAACAACACAUCGAGACUGAAGGGAAGGUCCUCCAAGAGCUCAUAGAGAAAUGUGGGAACAGGUACCAUGUUUUCAACAAUGAGAACAGGGCUGCUGGAGAAGAUAGAGGAGAUGGUGGCCAGGAACAUGUUAUUCGGACAGAAAGGGGAUGA